CAUUAGCUAUAGCUCCCUACUAAACCCCAGAGCUAGCUGGGGAGGCAUCCAUCCAGAUCCAGCUCCAAGCUCCAGCCAUGGAAGCUCACUACCCCAAGUACCUCCUCUAUGGCCUAAUCAUCCUUGGAUCAUGGCUCCUCUCCAGCCUCCUACACUUCCAGUUCUUCCACCUCUCGCUCUCCUCCUCCUUUGCUGUUCCCCGCCGCAGCGCCACGCUCGUCGCCCUCCCCGUGGCCCUCGACGCCAAAUUCCUCCCUUCCCCUGCAGUGGAAGCCGACGACAGGCGGUGGUCGGCACCGUCGUCUUCACCGUUGUGCGAGGGGCGGUACGUGCACAUGGUGAACCUGCCGUCGCGGUUCAAUGUGCUUAGGGACUGCGUUGAGGGCUCACCGUUAUUCGACAACAUGUGGAGCUGGUGUGCAAUCACGGUCAAUGGCGGGCUUGGCCCCGAGAUUGGCCCCGCCGGCAACAGCGGCGACGGCGAAACCAGUAUCAUCCCCAGCACCGGAUGGUACAGCACGGACCAGUACUCGCUGGAGGUUAUCUUCCACAACCGGAUGCGGCGGUACGAGUGCCUCACCGAUGACCCAGCGGCAGCGACGGCGGUGUACGUGCCGUACUACCCGGCGAUUGAGCUGCACCAGCACCUGUGCGGGUUCAACACUACGAUGCGGGACGGGCCGUCGUCGGAGUUCCUGCGGUGGCUGUCGUCGCGGCCGGCGUGGGCGGCGCACGGCGGCCGAGACCACUUCAUGGUGGCCGCCAAGACCACGUGGAUGUUCCGGCGGCAGCCCGGUGGCAACGACGAGGGGUGCGGCAACAACUUCCUGGGUCAGCCGGAGUCCGGGAACAUGUCGGUGCUCACCUACGAGUCCAACGUCUGGGCCCGGCGGGACUUCGCCGUGCCGUACCCGAGCUACUUCCACCCGUCGUCCGCCGGCGAGGUGGCCGCGUGGCAGGCGCGCGCACGCGCUGCACCUCGGCCGUACCUCUUCGCGUUCGCCGGUGCGCGCCGCCCCAACGGGACGCUGGCCAUUCGCGACCGCGUCUUCGACGUCUGCGAGGCUGCGGCGCGGCGCGGCCGGUGCGGGAUUCUGGACUGCAGCCACGGUCUCGAGGGCAGCAUCACCUGCCGGACGGCGCAGAAGGUCGCCUCCCUCUUCGCCUCCGCGCGCUUCUGCCUGCAGCCGCGCGGCGACUCCUUCAUGCGCCGCUCGUCCAUCGACUCCAUCAUGGCCGGCUGCAUCCCCGUCUUCUUCCACCGAAUCUCCACCUUAAAGAAGCAGUACCUCUGGCACGAGCCGGAGCCGGGCAGAAGCAACGACGACGGCGAUGACGACCGCCAGUACUACGUGCUCAUCAACUCCGACGACGUGCUCGAAGGGAGGGUGGACAUCGAGAAGGUGCUGAGCCGGUACACAGACGAGGAGGUGGCCGCCAUGAGGGAGGAAUUGAUCAAGAUGAUCCCGAGGUUUAUGUACAAGGAUCCCAGGGUGAGGUUCGAGGGGGACAUGAAGGACGCGUUCGACAUCGCCAUGGACCAGGUGUUGGAGAGGAUGAGGAGGAUCAAGAACGGGGAGGAGGUGGGAUGGAAGGACGAGAGUGAUGAGGAGGUUGCCAAUGAUUCAUGACAUUUGCUCAAACUUUUUUUCGUUUUCGUGUUUAUGUGUUGCAACUAGCUAGGCUACUAGUUUUUAUUUGCUGGUGUUGUUAAUUUGCUGUGUAUGUUAGUUAAUCAGUGCGUAUAUUUUUCACUAGUACCCGCUCAAAACCAGUACGUACAAUAUCAGCG